CAGGUUCCUCCUCCUCAAUAUUGCCUGCCUAUUUGUUCUUUAGCGUCGAUGAUGCAUGAAGAGGACAACCACGGCCAUCUUUGCCGUUGAGACAUUUCUACCAACGGACUCAAUUGCUUCUUCUCCGGCCAGGCAUCAACGAACAAACAACAACCCAAAAAAAUGGUAGGCCACAGGUGGUGAUGGGCACACUCUGGAGCACGUCUUCUGGGCAAGGACAACGACUUUUUGGCUCGCGAAAUUCCGUCCUUGACCAAUCCCUCCCCUUGUCAGUCGGUCAGCCAGUCGGUCGCAGGCUCCUCGGCCACGGCAUGGGACUGAGAAGCGGGGGCGCCUUCUGCGAGUAAAAGAGAAGCUUCUUGCCUGCAGCCAUCUGGCCAACUUCUGGCAAUAGCGAAUCAGAACCAUAGCUCGACUGCGCCCGUGGCAUGAAAAUACGAGGCGUCUCGCCAACGUGACCGACGCCUUGUCGGUGCAGCAGUUCGUUCUUUGUCAUGUUCCAGCCUGACCGAUUCAAGCUCCUUGGCCCUCUCGCUCUGUGAAAUUAUAAAGCGGGCAUGGCACACAACCCGGCGCACCAGGACCAGAGUCGUCGUCUUUUCUUUUGGCUAGAAGCCUUUGCCUUGUGCACUUUGCACCCGUCUUUUUGCUGGUGUCUGCGUUUUGCCCAGAUAGCUCAUUAUCAUCAUGACCGCGCCGCACAAAAUCUCCAAUGACGACUGGCGGAAGCAUAAAGCGACCAUCUGUCGCCUCUACAAAGACGAGGACAUGCCUAUGACCCGGCUCAUACGGGUGAUGUCUGAGAAGCAUUGCUUUGAUGCAAGCAAGCCACAGUACAUGAGGCAGUUCAGAGCAUGGGGAGUCCGCAAAAACCAGAAGGGCGAUUUCUGGAAAGACUUGAGUCGACUGUUGAAAAACAUGAAGCUCAACGUUGCAGACGUGGAUGUCUUCUUCAACGAACGGCUCAUCCCGGAGAGAAAACUAAGAAAGCAGCUCCCCAGAUACGACCUUCCCACAUGGACGCAAACAACUGCGAGGUGUCGAAUUCCAGACGGGAUAUUCAUCCGCCCAAAGAUCCAGAUACCACGAUCUCUAAUCAUCUCAUUGCCAUGGUAUCAAAUAUGCUCUCAGCUCGAAAUAGCUAUGUCAAGUUCAGCAACGAGAAUGGAUCGCCCCCCGUCGCCUUUACCAUCCGCCGUCGUGGAUGUCACCGAUGGGUUCCUCGGACUGGACUACGAUGGCUACUGGAAAGAAGGUGUCCUUAGAUUAUCACUAGAAACCGACAUGGAUCAACUUUGCCUUCCCUACCUUGAAUUUGCAGAGCAUGGUACGGUGCAGAAAGCUCCAAAAUUCAAUAACAUCGUCAACACUGCUAUUGCUGGCCUUUUGGAUCUCCCACCUUGGUGGACUAGGCGGGAACUUUUCGCGCACACCAUGGCUCAGAUCGCAGUGUACAUGCCCGAACGGCGGCCUGGAGAAACCGAAAACAUCGUCAAUCAACUGAUCGACCCCAACUCAACAACGAGGAUGCAGGUUUUCAUGUCAUUUGCGGCGCUCGUGCUAGCCAACAACCUUCUGGACAAGAAACAAGUUGACGCUUUCGUCAUUACGCUAGACGAAGUGGCUGGGCCCAGUGCUUUUGAUAUGCUCACUUUGAGGGAUGACCCCAGUACUGGCGCCAUCAUCUCAGAAGUUCUCUUUGCAGCCGUGAGAACGGACAAAGGGGGCCUAGUGAAAAGCGCGCUGAGGAACGGGGUGAAUGUGAAUCGCAGGUCUACUGGCUUCUACUCGCAAACCUUGAUUGUCGAUGCAGUACAGCGGAAUAAAGUUCGCAUCGUCGAGAUGCUCGUGGAUGCUGGUGCUGAUAUAACCCCGGGAAGAAGGGACGUCCGACGCGGACAUGAAUCCGGAUGCCCAUUAUUCCAGUAUUCGGUUAAGUGUACUGCUUCGGAGUAUUACCAGUUUGGAGAUGUCUACUGCUGUUGCGAGACUAAUUGGGCAAAGAUAGAAUGUCCCAUUGCCGCUGCUGCCUCUUCAUGUAGUGCUGACAAACUCAUCCCUCGACUGCUGAAGACGUCAGUAUCAACGCUGGCAGGUCCUGUGAUGGUGAGUGCCAUGCGAGGCGGUGCCAACAGGGAAACAGUUGAGUUGCUCCUGCGAAAUGGUGCGUCGGCGAAUGAAUGUUCCCUACAGUACCAUCACUACCCCUUCGGUAUCGACGAUGACCGGAAUUGCACAGCCCUGUCCGCGGCGGCAUGUUCUGGUGACAUGGAGAUGGCCAGACUGCUCCUGGACUAUGGUGCAAAUCCAAAUGGCCCGAUAACAUGCGGACACAAAAGAAUCAUCGAAGACUGGGCCGAGCAGCUUUACCAGUCGCCCCUCGUUGUUGCUGCAAAACGUGCAAAUUUGGACAUGGUCCGGCUACUGAUUGAACGUGGCGCAGACCCAAAUUGGUCGAUUUUGGACAUGUUGGAAGAAAGUAGAAGGGAGGAAGCUAUUCAAGAAAUUGAGUGGACAAGAGACAGUUAUGCCGAUAAGAAUACUCGAAUUCUCGUCCACUUCCCCCUACAAGCCUCAGCACUUCUUGAAGAUCCAGCCAUCACGGAAUACCUGAUAAGCAAGGGAGCAGCAGUGAACCCAGGUCAUGGCACGCCACCUUUGUCAAUUGCAGCGUACCAUGGAAGAGAUGCGACGGUCGACUUAUUGAUAAUGUGGGGAGCCACGAUCAACCCAGUCAACGCCAAAGCGUGCAGCCUUUCCCCCCUUCAAGGAGCAGUGUGUUCAGGAAAAGAGAAUAUGGUGCGGCGGAUGAUCUCUGCCGGAGCAGACCUGAAUUGGUGCUCAUCUGGGAGAUGGGGAGGCACCGCACUUCAAUGCGCCGCCGAAAGAGGACUCGGUGCCAUCUUCGACAUCUUGCGAUGCGCAGGUACCAGACUCGACUCUUCCUCGACUCCGAACCAUGCAACGACAAUUCUUCAAGAAUUUGUCAAACACCGUGACUACGACCGGUCACUUGGGCUGCUGCAAGACGGAGUGUCUCCUAACGGCGUGAGCAAGGAUGGCUCCUCGCCGUUACUAGCAGCCAUUCUGCGUCGGGAUGUGAGCCUCAUAUCCCUUUUGCUUGAAUGGGGCGCGGAUGCCGAUGAUGCGCAUCCGAAGCCCGCGCUAUAUUACGAGCAGGUAAUGCCCCCAUAUCUUGCUCAUAAUAUCAAUGAGAUGCUGCAGGAGGACCCAAACCACUCCCUACCUCCUCUCCACUGGGCGGUUGUUAUGGGCAACUUGGAUGUUGUGACCCGUCUAUACAAUGCCGGAGCUGACGUGAACAAAACUGAUUGCUCUGGAGACUGUCGUGAAAACACUCACGGCUUAACUGCCUUGCAUCUGGCCGUUGCAUGCAAACACAAGAACAUUGUCGAAUUUUUGUUGGGCGAAGGGGCCGAUGUCAACUCCAUCUUUCGCUAUACUGACUUUGACAUACUCCAAUCGCCAGUGACUAUCUCAGUCGGAAACUCAGACUAUGAAAUUACGAAAAUCUUACUUCAACAUGGGGCAGAUCCAUAUCUGGGCCAACUCGGUAACAACAAGAUCCAGGAGGACGCCCGGCAACUUCCGCGUGACCUAUUUGCCCUUGAGGAAGCAUGUCUCCGUGGAGACGUCCAGAUGGUUCGCCUUUUGAUGUCUUCCGGGGUCGAUGUCCGUGUUGGAUAUCCUUUGGUUUUCACUUUUCUCGGUGAAGCUAUAUAUGAUACUUCUAGGAUUACCGAGCAGAGACGGGAGAUUAUGGAACUGCUGCUCGCUGGCGGCGUGGAAGUCAACCACCGAGCCGCUGACAUUUUCCCACCUUUGCAGGCUGCUCUUCGCUGUGAUGGCUCCACACAAUCUGUUCGUGCGAUAAGACUUCUGUGUGCUCGUAGACUCAUUGAGAUGGGUGCCGAAAUCAAUGCUGUGCCGUCCCGUCGCUACGGUGGGAGGACUGCGCUUCAAGCUGCUGUUCAGACCGGCGAGGUUGAAAUUGUCCAAUACCUGCUAUCAAAAGGGGCAGAAGUCAACGCUCCAGCGGCGCCAGACCGCGGAGUUACAGCCCUGCAAGCUGCCGCAAUCAAGGGCUACUUGCGUAUCGCACAAAUUCUUCUGGAGUAUGGCGCUGAGAUUGAUGCGGAUCCAAGUCCUAAGCAUGGCAGACGGGCAAUUGACGGAGCAGCGGAAUGGGGACGCAUCGACAUGGUGAAAUUGCUCCUGGAUAACUACGACGGACCUCGACCCAUCUCAAAGGUCUGCGAAAGUGCAAUGAAAUACGCAAAGAAGGAAAACCAGUGGUACGUGAUGAAGUUUUUGGAGUCUUACACACCGCCGAAACAAUGA